CUACAACUACCAGUAACAUAUCCAAGCUCUGUGGAGAUUUGUUUUUAGCCUUUUAGCACAGCUUGCUACACGAGUGGUUUUGAAACCUAUUUGUUCAAUCUAAUUCAAAGGAAUAUUGUUUAUGCUUCCCUAAACUUCAACGAUCGUUCAACGCAACAUUCCAGAGUCUAUUCCGCUGUCACCAUGCCAGUGCACCGGGACCGAGACAAGAAGGAGAACAUGGUGGAGGAGAUGGACGUUGAGGACCACGAGCAGGAUGCCUCCACCUCUGAGGAGGAGGAUUCUGACACCUCCUCUGUGUCAGAGGAGGAUGGCGACAGUUCCGAAAUGGAUGAAGAGGACUGCGAGAGGAGGAGGAUGGAGUGUCUGGAUGAAAUGACCAACCUAGAGAAGCAGUUCACCGACCUCAAAGACCAGCUGUACCGUGAGCGGGUGAGCCAGGUAAACUGUAAGCUUUCGGAGGUGGAGGCUGGCCGGGCAGUAGACUACCUCGACCCCCUGGCAGGCCUGCUGGAGAGCAUGCAGGUCCGCACCAAAGUGGCAGGUGUCUACAGGGAGCUGUGCCUGGAAUCUGUCAAGAACAAAUACGAGUGCGAGAUCCAAGCAGCGUUUCAGCACUGGGAGAGCGAGAAGUUGCUGCUCUUUGACUCGGUGCAAAGUGAACUGGAGGAGAAGAUCAGGAGGCUCGAGGAGGACAAACACAGCAUAGACAUCACAUCAGAGCUGUGGAGUGAUGAGAUCUCGGGCCGGAGGAAAAGGAGAGAUGCUUUAAGCCCCGACAAGAAGAGAAGACGGCCUUCUGUGGUCUCAGGCCCAUAUAUAGUCUACAUGCUUCCUGACUUGGACAUUUUGGAGGACUGGACUACCAUCAGAAAGGCUGUCGCCACACUGACGCCUCACCGAGGGAAGACGGAGCCCGAGAGCUCCAUGUUCCCCUUCAGAACGGACAGAAACAGACCCAUACUCAACUGUUAAAGCUCUCUCAUGCACACAAAACACACACAACCUCGUCCAACACUCUUGCACACCGGCACAGAACAUGUAAGAGCACACAGACCUAGGGCUUAAAUAAUACACGUAUCAGACGGGUAUACACACACACACACACACACACACACACACACACACACACACACACACACACACACACACACACACACACACACACGUCUUAAGGAGCCACGAUGGUCAGUGUCAUGGCGAAGUGCCACAGCCUUCCUGUCGCUGCUAUGGGUUGGUAAGCUGCUGUUAAUGCAACCAUACAGAAAUCUUGGGACCUAUGGAGCAUGACAUCCACACACGUACACACAAAUGAGUGGGGCAAGUGACAAUUACCCAAUCUGCUCUGGAUCAAAGACCACAAGUGCCAAACUAUGUUUGUAGAAUUGUGUUUUAUUUUAUUUCUAUCUUUGUGUUUGUUUUUAUACUUUUGCUGGGCGAGUUUAUAUACGUAUUGAGCCAAGCAUAGCAGGAAUACUGAUUGACUGAUUAAGUCAAUUAAGGAAUGCCGUUUUUAUUUGUUUAAUUUGUUUGUGUGGUGAACAAAUGGAGAAUGUUGUCUUUGCCGCCUUUGGAAAAAAAUAAAAAUAUGUGUCCUCAUAUAUUUCCAAAGGGAAA